AUGCCAUCAACUGUCGGUGACAAAGUCCUGCUCGUCCCAGGGCUAUCGUACGUUUUUGCGAGAAGCAUCCUUGCUCUACUGGGCAGCCCUUUUCGAGGAUCAAAGGGCGCUCCGACAGUCACCGAACAUGUCUUGCAAACCGCCUUUCGCGUUAUGUUCACGCACUUCACCACCGGUCAAUUGCAAAUCCUCCUCCCCUCGUUCGAGGCCGUCUACAUCAAAUUCUGCACUCAGAAGAAACUGACCCCUAAGAUUGUCGACAUUCCCAACACCACAACUAGAGGCUUCUGGCUCGGUGACCCAGACUCGGCAACUUAUGUAAUGGUCUACUUCCACGGCGGCGGCUUCGUCAUGCCUGGACUGGCCCAGCAUAUCGAUUUGCUCUCCCGCUUCGUGCAGUGGUCAGGUGGGAAACUUGCCGUCUUCUGCAACGCAUACACCCUCGCCCCGGAGGGCGUAUACCCGCUUCAGCUUGCCGAAUCGGUCGAAGCACUGCGUUACGUGCUCUCUCUGCCCAACCGCACGCCAGAUACGACCAUGAUAGGCGGCGACUCCGCCGGGGGCAACCUGGUGUGCGCCGUUCUCAGCCAUAUCUCAGCUCACCCACACCCGAGGUCAGAUGUCGUGAAGCCGUUCGAUCUCGCCGGUAAACUGCAGGGCGCACUCAUGAUCGCACCAUGGGCUUCGUCGGACGCCUCGAAGUUCAAAUCCAUGACCGAGUUCGCGAAGCGAGAUAUCGUGAACCCGGGGUGCGCGAAUUACUGGAUUGAUGCGUACAAGGGUCGAGGAAAGAACAUCAAGGACGACGAGUACAUUGUCGCAGAACAAGCCCCGCCAAGUUGGUGGUCCGGCGUCAAGGUGUCUUCCGUGCUCAUGACAGCAGGGGACCAGGAAGCUCUGCGCGACGCAAUCGUCUCUUUAGCAAACAAAAUAAAACAAGGAGUCGGCAGUGACGUGGUGAAGCUUGUGGUGGGUAAGAACGAGAUCCAUGAUGCUCCUUUAACCCCAUUAGCAGAGAAUGAACUUGAGAAGCGGGGUGACCAGAGUCAGGAGGGUGCCAUUAGAUUGUGGCUCAAAGAAAGGCUGCAGUAA